AUGCAGCCAAGUGCCAUUGCUAAAGCUACUGUCACUAUUGCUUUGUAUAUCGUCACAAACAUCAUGAAUGGAAUGCUGAUAUUUACAUACUUUAAGCACCCUAUAUUUUAUGAAAAUUCCCGUUAUGUGCUCUUUGUUCAUUUGGUUAUUAAUGAUGUGUUUGAGCUGAGCGUAGCAUUGACUUUGCACAUUUGGAGUGAGGUGAAGCCCUUCAUCUUUGUGCCUGUCUGCUAUUUCUACCUGAUUCUUGCUGUCAACACCACGCUGAACACUCCUUUAAACCUGGCUGUGAUGUGCCUGGAGCGAUACAUCGCUAUCUGCUACCCCCUGCGCCACUCCCAGAUCUGCAGUCUGCAAAGGACCUACAUCGCCAUCGGAGUUAUCUGGUUCAUUGGUUUUAUUCCCCCGAUCACAGACCUCUUUAUAGUCCUGGCAGUAGAGCAGACCAGUUUCUUUAGCACAUCCAUUUACUGCCUCCGUGAGAAUUUUUUUAGGGUUUCCUAUCAAUAUGAUAAAAGAGUCUUUAUAAAGACCUUGUAUUUUUCAGUGGUGUGGCUGGUCAUAGUGUGCACCUAUCUGCGGAUCAUGUUCGCAGCCAGGUCGGCCAGCUCCUCUGAGAAGACCUCUGCUAAAAAGGCCCGAAACACCAUCCUGCUCCACGGGCUCCAGCUCCUGCUGGCCAUGCUGACCUACAUUCCUCCCUUCACAGAUCUUUUCCUUGUGGGAAUACCUAGAGAGAUGUUCUUGGACCUGGACUUUGUCCGGUAUUACUUAGUUUAUAUUGUACCCAGAGUGCUGAGCCCUGUGAUCUAUGGCUUGAGGGAAGAGAAUUUCAGAAAGCACCUGAAGAGCCACAUGCCUUGCUUUCAGAAGAGAGUCACGACAAUGAUUAAACUGUAA